CACAAUAAUAAAAAGAUUUUUAAUUAAACCGCAGAAAUAAAUGCUUAGCAUUAUUUUAUUUUUUUUAGGCACUUUAGUGGUCACUUUGUAGAAAUAAAGCUAAUAUUAAUGUACUUGGUCCUUUAACCAAACGCCAUGAGUUACGUAAAUCUCUCAACUUUAGCAAACCAUAAACGACAAGAAAUGGAAGAUAGAAUUCACAUGUUUACAGCUAAAUGUGACAACACGAUUAAGAAUUUACAAUAUUUAAAAAUACGGGCUCAAGGAUUAAUUCAACAACUAAACUGUGACCACAUGGAGCUGAAAGAUCGGUUUUUAAAUAGUGUUAAGACUUUAGAAGAAUAUUCUUAUUUAAUAAAUGAUAUUAAUAUAGCUGUAGAAGAAUUAGUCAAUCCUGCCAAUCGGUCUGCUCCUCCAGGUUUUGGGUUGACAAAUAGAUUACCUCCAUCAAUCUCACCAUUCAAUAUAACAGAUACAAUGUCUGAACCUGUGCCAUCAACUUCAAAAACUUGUUUGAAGACUCAGGACUGGUCAAAGAAAAAGAAAAUACCAAAAGACCAGCCUUUAAUUUCAUUUUCUAAUGAGUCUUUGCAAGAAAUAAUACCUUCUGUAGAAAAACAUUGUAAUAGUCAAACUAUUACAGAAGGUAUAAAAAAUAUUAGUUUUGAAGAUGCUGGAAAUGUGACAUUGCCGGCACAAUCAGUGUUGCAAUUGGAUUAUGAAUACCCCGCUGUAUUAUUACAUGUUGAUGGAACAUCCUUUUGGGUGACUACUGAAAAUAUAGAUGAAGCAUUUCAAUUAAUGACAGACAUGACAGAGUACUACAAAAAGUACAAGGUAAAAUUUCCACUCAACCAAAUGAUGCCUCUGUCGUGUUGUGCUGUGUAUGAAGAAUCCGAUUCAUAUACCAGGGGACUCUUCAUACAACUCAGUGAAGAGGACAUCCGGUCUGCCCAAGUGCAUCUAGUAGACUAUGGGGAGACAAGAUUAGUACCAACCUGUUGGCUUCAGCCGCUGAUGCCACAAUUCUGUGGCUUGCCACCAUUUGCCCGAUAUUGCCAUCUGGCUGGGGUGGAGAUAGAUUGUGACGAUUCAGUGGCGGUUCGGAAGGUUGAAAAAAUUAUGAAAAUGCACCUCGGAAGGAAUUGCACAAUCUACGUUGAUGAUAACAAUUCCGAAUCCCUGGGCGUUUACGUACUUUUGGAAAAUGGAGAAAAAGUCAACGACAUUGUCCUUAAGGCAAUUUCAGAUAAAACUAAUAAUAGCCAAGGAUCGGAUGCUUCGGAAGGAUUUCCAGGUCUUACCGAAGAAAACUGUGAUAUAACACAAAUACCGGAAUACGAAGAUCCAGUGAUCGCUGUUACGGGUUAUCAUAACCGAGACGAGGCGGACAUUUGCAAGCACUACAAGGGAGGACCGGAAAAGACAUGCUUCAAGGGGAAACGCUGCACAAAGAAACACGUUGUGAAACACCCAGAUGGGUGGACGUUGGACCGAGUGUUCGUACCGGCCAACCUAAAAUCCUUGCCGUUGCCCGCCGCCGGAAGCUUUGUACGCGUGGUCGUAUCGCAUGUCCCGCAUUUUAAUCAUUUCUACGUACAAAUGAUAAACGACACUAAAGAUAUAACAGAGAAAGAGUUCCAUCCGCUGACUUCUUUGUCAGCUCUUGUCCAGGAUAUGAACUCUGCAGCUACGAUAUCCACAUAUAGACCACUUAAGAUGAUACCAGCUCCGGGAGAGUUGGUAGCUUCUUUAUAUCCCAUGGAUGGAAAAUGGUACCGCGCGAAGGUUCUUACUUCAACUAAAGCUGAUCGAAAAGUCGAGAUAAAAUACGUGGACUACGGCAACGUUAUAUGGGUGGACGAAGAAUUAUUGCGCGAACUUCACCCCCGAUUUUGCGUUUUGCCAACUCAGGCUACCCUAUGUAUUUUGGCUGGCAUUACUAUGAAAAAUCAGGCGGCCACCAAUCUUAUAGCUGGGCGAAACGCCCUCAUCGCUCUAAUACAGGACAAGAAGUUCGAUGCGGAAGUCAUCGCCACUGAUUACGAUAGUAUAACUGUCUCUUUAUACGACGAGAAAGGCAACAACAUUGCCGAACUACUAGCCUUACAAAAAGUUGUCGAACGCCAGGAAUACACAAUUGACUACAAGUUAACGGACGGUCGACGAUAUGUCAUAAUUCCUUCUUAGAUUUCGAUAAAAUUUUCGAACGAAAUCUUCCAAUUGAAUGAUUAAAUAGUUUGUGAUCGCUACAUAUUACUUAUAUUGGAAUCAAAACUAUUUUUUUUAUUUUUGUAAACUACUAGUAUAUGUACAUGAAACUUGCAGCUCUGUCGUGUUGAUAAAGUGAGCGUCGAGCGAUCUCUCCCAAAUUCUUGCUGUUAUAUAAUUUUUUGUGCCCUUAUUUCAAUAAUAAUUGAUCGAGACGACAUAGCCACGUACCUAUGAGUGAAUCGUAUGUCAAGUCACUAAUCACAAUCUCGUCUUAAAUGUCAAACUUUGACAGAUCAUAAAUUUAGGUUUAACUUUGAUGUUUUAGAAUACCACAAUAUUAGAAUGGUGUCGUUUAACUCUCAUUAUAGUAUUUUUACUUCAAGUUAAUUUAUAUCUAAAACACUAAAGAAAAUUGCACGCUUAAAGUUAAUCACAUGAACCUUAUUUCAUUUUUAUGUAAGAUAAGAUUAAUAUUUCAGUGUACAGAAAUUUGUGGCGAAAUGUUAUAGCUGGAUUUGUUUAAUCUUAAUACUUUGUCAAAGACACUUGUUACUUUUUUAUUCGUGAUAAGUACUUAUUUUGCUGUUGCGGCUGUGAUAAAAUAAUCUGUUCAUAUGAGUGAAUAUUAUGUUCAUUUAUAAAAUGUAUAUGAGUAGUUAUAGCAUAAUAUUGCUUUUAAGGUGAACAUAUUUUUAAUUCUUGCUAUGUUGAUGACAAGUUACUUUUUAUGAUAUAUGUAGUUUUAGGAUGAAUGUCAGUAUUAUAACCCAACCGAAAUUGUACGUCUAAGCCUCGACUUUUUGUCCUCACGAUUCUUUUGGCACUUUCCAAAUAUAUAAAUCAGAUAAAACAAUACAUAACUGGUUUAAACUUAAUGUAAAUUCACUUUAUUUAAAAAGUAAUUAAUCAUUUAAUCAAUAUUUUACGGGUCGGUAAUCAAAAUGACAGCUGCCAAAGUGACAGUAGAGGUACCAUUUAUACUAAAAAAAACUUUUUUUCUAUGAGACUGUAAUCUAUAAGAUAAUCAUUUUCUAAAGAUGUAUAUUAAGUUUAUAAUUUUUAAUUAGUGUUAAAGUAAUUAUCAGUCUGAACUUUUGAUAAAAUCACUAGACGCAAUAGGUACAUUUGCAUAUUAUAUUACAAUUGAAUUGACUGACUUUUCGAUUAAGGGAGCAUUAGUAUUACGUCACGCAUUUUUUGGGGACUCUUGACCCCCCCCCCCCCCCCAUGUAACGCGCCGUAACGUUCUUCUGUACCAAAUAGUAAAACGUUUCGUCACCACCCAGGUACUUAUGACUCCUUUAAGUUGGCAUUUAUGUGGUGUUUGGAAAGUCGAAAAUAAUAUAUACAAGAAUGCAUAAUGCAAUCCUCCCGCAUCGUAACGUUUAAUUCCCGCCCCCCCCUCAAAUUCGUUACGUGAUACUUGAACGCUCCCAAAGAAGUCGGACCAGAACAGAUGCAGAAAUGUCUACACCAACCCUUUGACUUAUGUAAAGCCAAAGCAGCUAAUCCAUUUUUUUUUUAAAUAUAUUUUGCAUUUUUUGA